AUGCUGUUUCUUCAUUCUCAAUCAAUAUCAAUAUUAUCUUGCAGGGCUGGUCGCUAUGAGGUAGAUGGAUAUGUUUAUAAUGCUGCAGAGGAGCCUGAAAUUUUGAUAACUGGGAAAUGGAAUGAGUCAAUGCAAUAUCAACCUUGUGAUUUGGAAGGAGAGCCUCGUCCAGGUACAGAAUUGAAAGAGGUGUGGCAUGUUGCUGAUGUUCCAAAUGAUGACAAAUUUGAUUAUACAUACUUUGCGCACAAAUUAAACAGUUUCGACACAGCUCCAAGAAAACUCUUGCCAUCGGACUCCCGUUUACGCCCAGAUAGAUAUGCACUUGAGAUGGGUAACAUAACCAAAUCUGGUGCUGAAAAGAGGAGGUUGGAGGAGAGGCAGCGGGCUGAAAAGAAAAUAAGGGAGGCCAAAGGAGAAACCUUCAAAACAAAGUGGUUUGAUAUAACUGAAGAAGUGGCAACCACUCCUUGGGGUGACUUGGAAAUCUGUGAAUACAAUGGUAAAUACACUCAGCAUAGAGCUGCUAUAGAUAGCUCAGACACUUAUGAGGUUGAUAAUAAAUCCGUUGAAUUCAACCCAUGGCAGUAUCCACCACCAUCAUAAUUUUGUCCUCGAUACUUUGUUUUCUCUCUUUUGGAAAGCAAAGUAUCUGUCCUUUUUUGGUUGUUGGCUUGUGUACAUGGAAUGAUAACUACAGUCCAUUAUUCUGUGUUAAUUGAUUUAUAAUUGUGAUGUAGAAUGUUAUUAGUUUCUGUAGAAAGAGUGGAACAUGUUUUAUUAUGUAUAUUAUUGUAUGGUAAUCAUGAUAAACAUAUGCUUUUUAUUUAUUAUCUAGUUUGCUGGUGGGUAUAAGAAUUUGAAUGAAGGUGGAAGAUA